AUGUCUCAUAUCUCUAAUAAUGUUUGCAUUCGCCUCACAAGCGAUGUGAGCAGCCAAUUGGUGGACAAAAGCAUUGAAGCCAACUAUUCCUCCAAAGAUGUCAAAUAUGUGUUACCGGGCGAUGAGAUCACGUCCGACCAGACCUUCAUGAGAGGUCACGGGACAUACCUGUCGGCCAACGACACCGACAAACAACUGAUCGCAUCGAUCGCCGGCAUCGUUGAGCCCAUCAAUCGUCUCAUAUCUGUUCGUCCGCUAAGAACCCGAUAUAACGGAGAGAUCGGAGAUGUGAUCGUCGGCCGCAUCAUUGAAGUGCAGAACAAACGCUGGAAAGUGGAGACCAACUCACGACUGGAUUCAGUGCUUCAGUUGUCUGGAGUGAACCUUCCGGGCGGUGAACUCAGACGUAAGACCGCUGAGGACGAGAUCUCAAUGAGGAAUUACCUCAAAGAGGGUGACAUUAUCUCAGCGGAGGUGCAGAACAUCUUCGAAGACGGAGCCCUCGGACUCCACACCCGGAGUCUGAAGUACGGGAAGUUGGGUCAGGGGAUAAUGGUUAGAGUGUCGCCGUCACUGAUCGAGCGCCGGAAGAAUCACUUCCAUAAACUUCCGAUCGGAGCCAACAUUAUUCUGGGCAACAAUGGCUUCGUUUGGAUCUCACAAACGGUGGCCGAAGGCUCAGAAUCUGGAGGACAUGUGCUCGACUUCAGUGAUAUUCCACUGCAAGAAAGGGAGAUAAUGUCCAGACUUCGCAAUUGCACCCUUGGAUUAGCCAAACAUAAGGUGAUGCUUAACGAUACCAGUGUUCUGUACGCCUUCGAGAUAUCUGUUCAGUUGGCUUAUCACCCGAAAGACCUAUUAAUGCCUGAAGUGAUUGCUCUGAUCGCAGAGCAGACCAGACAUAGACUCAAUGAAUUUGAACGAAUGGAUGUCAAUUGA